AUGAAUAGAUUAGUUAGAAUGUCAUCAUUAGUUCAAAGAAGAACUGUUCUUCCUCAAUGUAGCAGAGUACCAUUCAUGAGAAGAAAUGUCGAUGAUAAAAUCAGAGAAAGGGAAAUGGCAUUAGAAGAUGACUAUGUAAGAAGAUACGAAAAAGAACGUGUUGAAGUUGAAAAGAGUAAAAAUGAAAAACCAAAAUUAAAAAAACAACAUAAAAAUAAGAAAAGAGAUUCAGUCCUUUUAAAUCAAAAGGUUGAUAAGUAUCCAGGUAGAUUAUCCGACUCUGGAAUUAUCUUUUAG